AGCUUCACAGCUUCACAGCUUCACUCGAGAGCGACAGAGCGCAUCUUCGUCUGCCUCAAGUCCUCGACCAUCAGCCACACACUCACGAUGCAGUCUGACGCUGACCACGACAGCACGCAGCGUCUCUGCGUUGAUGCUUUGCAACUCAUCGGGUUCUCGGUCUCAUCUUUUCAUCCGAGAUCAGGUCACUUGGCUGGGCUCGUCAGAGGAAGAGAAAACUCCGCCGCCAGGAUGUCGGGAUAAUACGGCUGUCGCUCCAGUCGCCCAUCGGCGGGAUUCUAUCCCUGUUGCGCGUCAAAUCCGCCGUCGCGCAUCUGAUAGACGUCGAUUGUCCAUCCAUCAGCGCUGCGACAUGCAACAAAGCAAAGCAAAGCAAAUACUUCAAUGGCUAGCAUGAACUCCGCCGCUGCAGGACAAGCAGACGUCGUCAAGGAAUCAGCGCCCUACGGAAAAGCGUGCGCCGGCUGCGUCAGGGCCAAGUGCAAGUGUGUCCUCCAACCUCAGCCCAGCAACAGUCGCACCUGUGAACGCUGCCAACGACUGCAAAAGGACUGUGUCCCGGCCCCCGUGGUACGCAAGAGGGCGAACCGCGCACCCAAGGGGCGGACAGCCAAGCUGGAGGAGAAGCUGGACUCACUCGUGAGCUUGCUCUCCCAGCAGGGCCAGCAGCAGCAGACAACGCAUUCUCACAGCCAACCAACGUCGGAUUACGCGUCGCUCCACGGGUCUGAGCAGUCAGAGAAUACCUCUUACAAAGCUGGAGGCCCGAGAAGCUCCGAGAAGCAGCGACAAUAUGCUGUCCCUCCCGUCUGCGGUGCGCCUCGCAGGGACAUGGAUACGGAUGAAGACGACGCACGUUGCCUACGCAUGUUCCGCCAGAAUCACCUACCCUCCUUCCCAUACUUCCAUAUCCCAGAGCACACAACACCAGCUGACCUGCAGCGGGACUAUCCCUUCCUAUGGCGGGUGAUGCAGGCCACCUGCGCCAGCUCGACGACGGAGCAGAUGCAGUUGGAGCGCGAGAUUCGACAAGAGACGGCGCAGGCCCUCCUCAUCGACCUCGAACGCGACAUGGACCACCUCCUGGGCCUCAUAGGCUACGUGAGCUGGCUGCACAGCAAAUUCCGCGGCAAACCGACGCUCAACGUCUUUGGCAACCUGGCCCGCAGCAUGAUGUUCGACCUGCGCCUGGACAGACAUGCCACCGAGCUGCCGUGCCGUGAGCUGGAGCCCAGUAAAGCCUACGGCUGCCCCGUGAAGAAGGCGGUGCUCGAAGUCGCCUGGACCAACGUGGAGAGGCGUGCCGUGUUGGGCUGCUACAUCAUGUGCGCGUGUCUCUCGUGGUUCAUCAAAACGGCAGCCGUUGGCUGGACGCCACACAUGGAGACGUGCCUCCAGGCGCUAGCGGCCCAGCCGGAGAGCGAUCAGGACCACGUCCUCGUCGCCAUCGCCCGCAUCACCACCAUCCUCGAGGAGGUCAACGCACUGUCCAUGUGGCGGCCUGCUGAGACGAGACCCGCGUGCCAGGCCUCGCUGGCGUCGGGCGCGUCGCCGGCCGUGCAUGUCAAGACGCUCCGGAGUAGCCUCGAGGCGAUGAAGAGCGUGACGCCGCCUGAAGUCCUUGAAAACAUGUACGUCGUCUCGCAUCUGUCCGCCGUCGAGGCCAUGAUCUACGAGCUCGCCCUGCACACGCCACCCACCUCCCUGACCAACAACUGGAUCGCCAUGACGCGCACGACCGCCCUGACGAGCUGCCUCGCCGCCACCGCGCGCUGCAUGGACAACUUUCUCGCCUUUACGCCCGCGCAGGUCUCCGGCCACGCGAGCCCGAUCCACCUGCACUUCAGCGCCAUGACGCACAUUGUCUACCGGCUCUGCCUGCAGGACGACCCGUGCUGGGACCGCGCGCAGAUCCUGCAGACGGUGGACCUGCUCGGCACGUUGGAGCGCGCGGCGGUGCUGUACGGGGCGGUGCCGGCGGCUGCUGGGCUCGUCACGGACGGGGAUGAUGUGUACACACGCGGGGGCGAGAUGAUCAGGGGCGCUGUCACCGGCUGGGCGCGCACUUUUGAGGAGGUUGGCGCGCUGACGCCUAGUCAGGUACCCGAGGGGUCGCAUGGGGUUGACGGGGCGCCGAUUGCGUGGGGACCCGAGCUUGAUGCGUGGUUGAUGGACUGGGCGUCUGGGCGUGUCGAGGACGCAUUCCAGUUUUCGUAGAGGUCGGAGUCGCCAUGAAAACUGGCGAGGGUGAAUGCCAGCACUUGUUUCACCGGCAGGCCGCAGCACGUGUAAUC